AUGACAGAAGAGGUGGACCCCGUUCACUUCUUCGACCUCUUCUCCGAUCAAAAAGGUGCCUCAAAAUCAUGGUCUCAUAACACUUUAAAGACCCGAGCAGUGCUCAACUUCAAAAAGGUCCCCUACACGCAAAGCUGGCACUCCUACCCAGACAUCGCAGCCCUCAUGACCAGUCUAGAUGUGCCACCCCAUAAGGAAGGCAGAUCAUACACAUUACCAGCAAUAACGCACAGGUCAUUAAUAGCCACAAGCCCCAGUGGAGCAAUGAUGGACUCACUCCCGAUCGCCCUGCACCUCGACAAACUAUAUCCGUCUCCACCACUUUUCCCAUCCGGCGACACGAGCUACGCAUUAUUCCUCGCUGUAUUGAAUAUCAUGGCACUCCUGGAGCCUGGAUUCAGACCCUUCAUUAUCCCGCGUGUGCCAAAUCAUCUGGAUCCACGAGGGCAGAAGUAUUUCCAUGAGACAAGGUCCAAGGCUCUGGGGAAGCCGUUGCCAGAGGUGAGGCCUACAGAUGAGGAAACCAUUCAUAAACUGUGGAAGUUGGUUGAGACUGAGUCUGCGGUUAUUGUGAAGAUGUUGAAGGGGAGAGAAGGGAAGAAGGGUCCUUUUUUUGAGGGUGAGAAUGCUGGGUAUGCGGAUUUGGUGUAUGCUUGUCAACUUGCGUUUAUACAGCGGUUUGAUAAGGAUCUUUUUGAGAGAUUUAUGGGGUUAGGGGAUGGUGUAAUGAAGGCAUUAUAUGAGGCUUGUUUACCCUGGUUGGAAGGUCAGGGUAAGGAUAAGGAGUGGCCUGUUUCAUCGACUGCCGAGUCUCAAGUAUAA